AUUCACGAAGGUGUAUUCAGCGCUCUUUUUCAUCUUCACAAAAGGAAGAGUAUCCAAAGAAGUGAAGUGAAUCGGAGGAUCUUCUUUUGUUCGGUAAGGUUACUUUUAGGGCAUUUCAAAAGCUUUCUGGAAAUCAGAUAAAUAUGUCGAAGCAAAACACUCUCUUCUACGACUAUAUCAAUUACACUGCCAUGGCUGGACUUUUAGGAUUUAGGAGCCUUCCACCCAAGGCAAAGAAUUUGGUAGUUGCUGGCGGUUUGACAGCUUUUGUCUUUGGUGCCCACUUCUACACCAUGAGGGUUGUUGGAGGCACUGAUGAACUGCAGGUAUUGACAACUACGAUAGAGAAAAUGUGAGAUACUCACGUAGUGGGAGGAGUUGUAACUGGACUUUGCUCAGAAUUGAAUUCUUCCCUAAAUUCAAAAAGAGACCAAUAGAAGAGAUAUACAUUCUACCGUAUGGUUAAUAGAAUCAUACAGUUAGUCAUUAAUCAAACGAUUUAAUUUCAAGAUUGAUUAUUCUUUGGACUAAGCUCCUUGGUUCGAUGAAUCUAAGUUAAACAUUUAUUAAUUGAUUAUUUUACGCUGAACUCUUUUAGAUCGAUUA